CUCCCGACUUCGUCCUGGUGGUCCUGAGCUGUGCACUGGGCCUUAGAAAUCCCUCAUUCAUCAAUUUGCUUGCAAAGGUCUAACCAGAGCGUGCAAAUAUGCUUGGCGCCAAGCUUCUCAUCCUCGCCGUCGGUGUCCUAGCCGCUGUCACGGAGGCCGCGGGUACCUGUCCGUCCAUCGAAAACAACGUCGACUACAGCGGUGCUGACGUUGGCAGCGCUCGCAGUUCUUCGGCCAACGGAUGCUGCUCGAUUUGUUCCAGCACGAAUGGCUGUGGUGCAUUCACGUGGACGAACUACAACGGCGGUACUUGUUGGUUGAAGCAGUCCAAGGGUACGGCUAAGUCCAGCAACGGUGCUGUGUCGGCUGUCCUGCAGACGUCAUCGUCGUCGGGAUCUUGCCCUCCUUUGGAGAACAACGUCGACUACAGCGGUGCUGAUGUCGGCAGUGUUCCCAGCUCGUCGGCCAACGGAUGCUGCUCGAUCUGCUCCAAGACGAGCGGAUGUGGCGCCUUCACGUGGACCAACUACAACCGUGGUACGUGCUGGUUGAAGCAGUCCAAGGGCACGGCUAAGGCCAGCAGCGGUGCUGUCUCCGGCGUGUUGCAGUCGUCGUCGUCGACUGCGACCUGUCCGUCGCUUGAGAACAACGUGGACUACAGCGGUGCUGAUGUUGGCAGCGCUCCCAGUGCUAACGCCAACGGGUGCUGCAAUAUCUGCUCCAACAACAACGCCUGUGGUGCCUUCACCUGGACCAGCUACAACGGCGGUACCUGCUGGCUGAAGAGCUCCAAGGGCACCGGCAAGUCGAGCCCGGGUUCGAUCUCCAGUACCGUGCAGAAGUCCAGCACUGGUGGCAACACUGGCGGCUGGAAGAUGUCGCCUGUCAAGGUCGUCCAGGCCCGUGUCCAGGGUGACGCCCCCGUGUGGCACCCGGAGGUGAGUCAGUGGCUGUCCAAGUACGGCUCCAACACGGAGCAGAACUACGUCAACAACCUGGACACCGUUAACAUGGCGUCCGUGGAAGGCGCGCUCAUGUACGUGCAGGCCGAGGGCAUCAACGUGAACGAGCAGUCGGUCAAGUGCCAGCGUAAGAACAACAUGCAGUACGUCGUGUUCUACGAAAUGACCAUCGUGCAACCCACGAACGCCAUCAAGUACUACGAGAACCACAGUCCUCCGGAGUACGGUGACUUCGUGGCUAUGGACGGUGCCAAGUGCACGAACGCUGGCUCGGACAUCCCCAAGAGCUGCAAGGUCUACUACGGUCUGGACGGCACGAAGGACAUCGGCCCGAACGUCGGUUGCAACCCGCAGGGAUCGGACCCGCGUGCCCCUUACCCGAACAACUACUGGUGCUCGUUCCCCAACUCGUGCGCUCAGAAGUACCGUGCGGACAAGACGGCCGAGUGCAGAGCGCAGUACGACGGCGGUCUGUGCCCCAUGGGCGUGCAGCCUGAUGGCGUCAAGUGCACGUACAACUACAAGAUUCUGGGCUACAUCAACAUCGACGACCUGGUCGGUAUCACCAAGAUGGGCUUCCAGAACUACCAGCAGUUCUGCCAGAGCGGCGGUAUCGAGUUCAAGGCCAGAAACACUGGCCGUGGCUUCGAGGUGGAGCAGUGCAUCGACUUCUGGAAGAACCCGGGUGACCAGAACGCCAACGCUAACCGUGCCGCGCAAAUGGUGACCAUGUACAACCAGUUGAUCAGCAGCGGCAAGAGCCCCAACAUGAGCCCUCUGCCGUCGGUUGAGAGCAUGUCGGCGUCCAACCCCAAGUGCUACCUGAACAGUCCCGUGUGUGCUCGUGCCCAGUUCGGUUGCAAGCGUUCCCUGUUCUCGCAGAUCUGCUCCGUGUGCUCGGGCCCGGAUGCUGGAUGUGAGAAGGCACCGGCUGGUUACUCGUUCCCCAACCUGACGCUGCCCCCUGGAAACUAAACGUGGCUCAGACGAGCUGACUUGUCUUGUUCAUAGGGAUCCGAAACAUUGUAGAUGCUCCAAUGACUGCAUUCGUUGCAGUACAUUUAAGAUCAAUGUCAUUUCGUUUUGAUACUCUCCA